AUGGUGUUCCCCACUAUUAUCAUCCUCCUCACGUGGGUUGUGUUCUCCGGGGCCACAGAGACAGCCUCAGCUGAAGUCCAGAGGCUUUCCGUCACCUUUGAAAAGAGCAAGCUCACCGGCACUGUCCUCACGACUGUCUACGACGUUGAGGAGAACGACAAGAAGCUUCACUGUGCGGCUUGCAGCAACAAGCUUACCAUCUCGGAUCUCAAGCUCGAUGUCGAGUUCAACGUUGAUGACUACGGCCAUGGAACCCUCCGCGUGAGCGAGACUGAGAUCGUCGUCGAUGCGUCUUCCAAGGAGAUCAGUGGCUUCAGCUGCUCGACCAGCUACAGCAAGUCUCAUGUCAGGGCCGAGUGCGUGCUGCCGCUCGACUCUCACCACAAGCCUCUCGGUCGCCCUGUCCGACCCUCUCAUGACGCGGUGAAGCAUCUUCGCCAACCCCAUCGUCCUCAUCACCUCGAGCGCCCUCACCAUCGCCAUCACCCUCACUAUCGCUACAGGGUAGGACCUCAACUCACGGAUAACUUGCCAAAGUAUCCUGGAUAUGUCCCCAUCCACCAGCAAGUUAAGCGACCUUACCCAGUGAAGCCUGAGCCCAUCCCCCAUGCGGUGGAUGACAGCGUGGACAGCCGGCCAUAUUCUCAUCACCCAGGACAGGGAAGUUCAGAGCCGCACAAGACAUACACCACCAUCUCCAAGAGAGGAGAAGGGUCAUGGGGAGGGUGCGAAGUGAAUAAGUACGCGGAUAAGAACAAGACGCUCCCCCACUGGAAUUGUUGA